ACGUUGGCUCCACCACUUCACUGUUGAAUACCCGAAACGAGUCGCUUCCCGCAGCAAUCGGUUUGGGUAGCCAUGGUUACGCCUGAUCUAGCCCUGAAAGUCGAGGGGCAACCCACACAAGGAUAGUUGAGAGUUGUAUACCUUCUUCCAGUCCAAUAGCAAAGCAAAACAAGUGCUCAUACAUAUGACCGUCCCAGUCGUCUGACGCAGUUCUCCUGCAGUAUAGUAUGCAUGUUUCUUCUCCGAAUGGUUUCAGGCAGGCAUUACGGCAUUAUUUUCCAUCGUUCGACAACCCGCGCAGCACCGCCCAAAUAUGUUGGUUUCCCGGGACAAGGGAUUUGAAUGAGAAUAGGGUUGAUAUUAUCGUUCCUGUUGAAGUAGAAAACCUUCUCUUUCUCGAACGUUGAAAGGGGUGUAUUGCCAAUCAUUCCGACCGGUCACCAGAAUGCUCCGUCGUUAUGGGGCGGAUUCGUUCCAGUGCUAUUUCUCAUGCAAUCGGAGUACCGUCACUUGUCCGCGGUUUCAUGACUUGUACAGUUUAUGAUCGGUCUCCGGCAAUGCACGGCGAGUCCGCAGUAAUCGUGUAAUGUUCGCAUUUCAGGCAGAGUCACUUACACGUUUCCGCGAGCACAAGCGCAAUAACUUCCCGUCCAUACCGACGAGGAUGCCACUCGUGCUGUGCACCUACCGUAUCAAAGUUGAAGAAGCUCACGGCGGUUCUGCGCCACGCCGAAACAUUAUCGAGUCCGAUAUUGUCGAUGACCUGGCACGUUCUACCUCAUGCACCACGUCUUUACUGGGGAAAGCUUUUCCGAACAUAUUUGGAAUCGGGGGUAUAACGACAUUUGAUUCUCGCUUCACUGCAGGGCGGUGACUCUCGAAACAGACCAUCGCCCACUUGCGCUAGCGCACCGCUCAAGAUUGAAAUUCUUCAUCGGCGCGAGUCAUUUGCAUAUUAUCCCGCUUGCAGUGGUUGACAACCAGAGUCGGGGCAACAUCGCCCGUUGAUCAGUAGUGUUCAAUCA